AGCUCUCCGCUCUCUCCUCGUUGUCACUUGAGUCACAGAGAUUUCCGCUUCCUGCACCGAUAAACAAGCAGCGCACUUCGCGCCGAGGCAGACACGGACACAGAGGGGACCCACGCCCGCGCGGACGCGGGGGAUUUGGCGCCUGGCCCCCCGACGACUGCGAUGUUUUCACCGUCGCGCGGCGAUUAGCUGCGAAGUGACCGCGCCGCCGGAGCGUUGAACGCGCGCGCGCGCCUGCUGGAAGGACCGAGGCGGAGGACGGCGCGCGGACGGCGGCUCGGAUAAUAAAGGAAGGGCAGCGCGCCGCACGCACGCAGGGAAGCCCCGCGACGGCGCAUUCCUCCCGCUAGCUCCGACGCGCAGACCACGCCGUCUCCAGCCGCCGGCAUGUCGGAGCGAGGAGGGCUGCCGCGGACCGGGGGCGCCCCUUCGCCCCACAUGCAGCCCUCCAAGCCGGUCAGCAUCACCUCCAACCGGCCGGUCCACAUGAACCUGUACGCCACCUGGGAGGUGGACCGCUCCUCGCCCAGCUGCGUGCCGAGGCUCUUCAACCUGACCCUGAAGAAGCUGAUCAUGCUGAAGGAGCUGGAUAAAGACCUCACGUCUGUGGUCAUUGCUGUCAAACUGCAGGGCUCCAAGCGAAUCCUGCGCUCCAACGAGAUCCUGCUGGCUUCAGCAGGUCUGACGGAGACAGACCUGCAGCUCACCUUCUCCCUGCAGUACCCGCACUUCCUGAAGCGAGAUGCAAACAAGCUUCAGAUCAUGCUGCAGCGGCGGAAGCGAUACAAGAACCGCACCAUCCUGGGCUACAAGACUCUGGCGCUGGGACUCAUCAACAUGGCCGAGGUGAUGCAGCAUCCUAGUGAGGGAGCCCAGGUCCUGGGGCUCCACAGCCAGCUGAAGGACGCCUCGGUGCCCGUCGCUGAGAUCAGAGUCUACUCCCUGUCCAGCCAGCCCAUCGACCACGAGGGACCCAAGGCCAAGAUGUCUGAUCGAUCUCCAGACAUCGACAACUACUCUGAGGAAGAGGAAGAGAGCUACUCGUCAGAGCAGGAGGGCAGCGAUGACCCUAUACAUGGACAGUAUCUGGACGAUGAUGAGGAGGAGGUGAGGAAGAAGAAGCCGAGGCGUAAGCUGCCGUCCAACGCCGCCAUCACCAGACAACCAAACAUCAAGCAGAAGUUCGUGGCGCUGCUGAAAAGGUUUAAAGUCAGCGAUGAGGUCGGCUUUGGCUUGGAGCACGUGUCCAGGGAGCAGAUCCAGGAGGUGGAGGAGGACCUGGACGAGCUCUACGACAGUCUGGAGAUGUACAAUCCCAGUGACAGCGGGCCGGAGCUGGAGGAGACCGACAGCAUCCUCAGCACACCCAAGCCCAAGCUGAGGCCGUUCUUCGAGGGGAUGUCUCAGUCCAGCUCACAGACGGAGAUCGGCAGCCUGAACAGCAAGGGCAGUUUGGGCCGCGACACUUUCAGCCCACAGGGGGAGCAGCCUCCUCUGGAGAAGAUGAAAACCUCUCGCAGCCGCAACCUGGAGGAGGCCCUGUCUGAGACGGACACGCUGGAGCUGCCUGACCAGGAGCUGUUCCCUGAGGGCCCCUCCAUCACCGUGUCUGUGGCAGAGAAGCCGCGUACGCCCAUGAAGAGCAGCAAAAGUGAAACGCACAGCAUGCCGUCACCAAGGCUGGAUGGAGGCCACACGCCCCGACAGAAGCGCAUCAACACGCCCAUGAAGGAGCGACAGCCGUCCAAGCCUCUGAGCGAACGGACCAACAGCUCGGACUCAGAGAGGUCCCCGGAGCUGGGCCACAGCACACAGCUUCUCAGGAAGGCCGUGUACGAUCAGCUGAACCAGAUCCUGGUGUCGGACUCGGCGCUGCCAGAGAGCCUGAUCCUGGUGAACGCCACGGACUGGCAGGGGCAGUACGUUGCAGAGCAGCUCCAGGUGCAGAGGCACCCGGUGGUGUGCACGUGUUCGCCGGCUGAAAUCCAGGCGGUGCUGUCGGCCGUGCUCACGCGCAUCCAGAAAUUCUGUAACUGUAACUCGUCCAUGCCCAGAGCCGUGAAGGUGGCGGCGGUGGGCAGUCAGAGCUACCUCGGGGCCAUCCUGCAGUUCUUCGUCACCCAGCUCGCCAACAAGACCUCGGACUGGCUCAACCACAUGCGCUUCCUGGUGGUGCCUCUGGGCUCCCAUCCAGUCGCUAAGCACCUUGGAGCCCUUGACAACCGCUACAACGCCUCCUUCCUGGACGGGGCCUGGAGAGACGUGUUCAGCCGCUCGGAGCCGCCGCAGACAGAUCAGCUGGACGUCGCAGGUAGAAUCUCCCAGUACAUCAGCGGGGCAACUGUGACGCAUCAGCUGCCCAUCGCCGAGGCCAUGCUCACCUGCAAACACAGGACGCGAGAGGAGGAGUCCUACCAGAAGUUCAUUCCUUUCAUUGGGGUGGUGAAGGUCGGCCUCAUCGAGUCCGGCUCUUCUCUGACAGACACGGAGGAGGGCGUGGCUGUGAGCCUCGCCGUCCCCUCCACGUCCCCCCCGUCCCACGGCUCCCCCUCUGGGAUGAUCAAGGAGGCGGCCACUCCGCCCUCCUCCCCCUCCAUGGGCAGCGUCCUCACAGUACAAGGAAGCCCCAGCAUGUCUCACGGCGUGGACGCCAUUGGGCUGCAGGUGGACUACUGGUUGGCCUCGCUGGCCGAGAAGCGGCGGGAGGGCGAGCGGCGCGACACCGGCUGCAAGAACACGCUGAAGAGCGCCUUCCGCUCCCUGCAGGUCAGCAGGCUGCCAGGUGGGGGCGCCACCGACCCGCAGGCCCAGGUCAACACUAUGGCCAUGACGGUGGUCACCAAGGAGAAGAACAAGAAGGUUCCCAUCUUCUUGGGAAAGAAGACCAAGGAAAAGGAUGUCGACUCCAAGAGCCAGGUGAUUGAAGGCAUCAGCCGGCUCAUCUGCUCCGCCAAGCCGCAGCAGACCAUCCUGAAGGUGUCGAUAGACGCCGUGGAGUGGAACGACGUGAAGUUCUUCCAGCUCGCCGCCCAGUGGCCCACUCAUGUCAAAUACCUGCCCGUUGGACUCUUCGGUUACAGCAAGCCCCCCUCCUAGGGCCGGGCCACUCUCCACUCCUCGGCUCGACCCCGACCCGAUUCUCCUGGAAGACGUCGAGUGGCUGAACUGUUUUUCUUUCCUCAGUCUCAUGUUCCCUACAGUCGUCUUGUUUCUCUUAGCGGAGGGUUCGGAGACAGAGGAGGUGGUGUCGGGGAGCUGUUACUAGUCACUUUAAGGCCCCUUACAGCGUGUAGGCGUGCGUGCAUGCACACGUGAAUGUACAGUGUGUGUGUGUGUGUGUGUGUGUGUGUGUGUGUGUGUGUGUGUGUGUGUGUGUGUGUGUGUGUGUGUGUGUGUGUGCAUGUUUGCAAGGGGCUCACAGCACAAGUUCAUUAGCUAACUGCCAUUUAUGUUUCCGUUCUAUGGAAUGCAGCCGCAUGCGACAGCUCACAGAUUUCAAGCUCUUGCCCUCUGACCCUCAGCGUUUGACCCGCGACCCUUGGUGAAGACGUGGACGGUCGCCUGGGACCCCCGCAUGCAUGCUCGGCGCCAUCGGGCUGCGCCACGCGCGUGCCACAAAUAGUAUCUCAACACAGAUUUUAUUGCAACGGGGCUUCAGUGUUUGCAUGAGGCAGGAAACACUGGGGAAACUCUGCCCAGAGUCAAAUCAGAGUCUGGCAAGUGUUGAAUUUCUGCUCAACCUGUUUAAACACUGUACAUGUCCUUACAAAUAGACCCAUUCAUAUUUUUAUGCCAAGGGCUUCCGUCUGACAGUUUAACACUUUUAUUUCUGAACCAAAAGAAGUCAUUUGGGUGUAUAAUGACGAAGAUAUAAAAAGAAUAUAUAUAAAUGGGAAGUGUUCUUUUAAUUGCUCUGGUGAAAAAUAGUGAAACCUUCCCUUUAUUGGUGUUUUGUGAUGAAUAGUGUACGUUUAUGUUGAGAGUUACAGAAUCAGGGCAGGGGCUCCUGUGAUGUGCAGUUUUCUUUAUCUUCUUAUUUGCUAUGCACUUAUGGAUAAACAAGGACCGUGUGUGUGCAACUAAAAUAUAGAUGAUCCUUUUAAAAGCAGCCUCGGCCAAAUAUGCAACAGAAAACUGAACGAGGAGGAUGUUAACGAACUACUCGAACUGAAUAUGACUUUAUUGGCAACAGAUUGGCAACUUUUAAAGCAACAACCACAGUGAACAGAAUUCACUGUGUAAUGAACGCGAUAUAUAAAUGGAGCAUCUGGGUUUCAGUUACAUGGGCUCUGGUCUGCAUCGUGCUUUCUCUAGGAUCUUGUGAGGUGAUUAGUGACUGUACAGUAACUGGUAACAAGUGUGUGUAUGUGGUGAAAUAAGUGUAAUGUGGUCAGAAACAAAACAAAAAUAACUCAGUGGGAAAAAUACUUUUUUACCAUGUGACAGAGUGAGUGAGUAAGUGUGUGUGUGUCUUUGUAGUGUGUCACAAGGCAAAUGCUGAUUUUACCAUCAAAUAACUAAAAACUACUCCAGACUAAAAAGAAAUGUUACUGAAUAAAUUGAUUGGGUUGGUUUUCGGUAGCAGAACGUUUCUCCGCUGGUGGAUUCUAAUGAUGUGUUGAAGGUUUUCAGCUCAUCAGUCUCAUCUGCCUUGUGUCCGCUACACGGUGACGCUCUCCAUCCAUAAAGUAUUAGAACUGUUAUUUUUUUAGUAGUGUUGAUGCCACUGUCUUGGUGACGAGCUCCUUCCUGUGUCCACGUUACAGUCUGCAGCAUCUGUUACACCCAGUUUCAGGCUGAAGGGUUUCAAGCCUCCCAUUUGUUCGCCCUGUUUAAUUCAUGACCAGCUGAACAAACGCUGAUUCGUUUGAUCACUGAUUCCCUUAAUGUUUGAAUGUAUUAAACUUUAUUUACAUGUGCUGCUCUUUUAGUUGUAUGUAACUCAACUAGAUUUUAGUAUAGUUCUCAUGAAUGGGCAACAGCGAAUCUGAAAACCUGUGUGAAAACAGUAAUGCAUCAUGAAACAUGGCGAUCGAUAGCUUGCGUUGCUGACAACUACUCAAGGGCUUGAGAGACAGACUGAGGGAUGGACUCUGCAAAGAGGCUGGAUUCAGUUAUUCCUGGACAAUAAGGUUACUUAUACAAAAUGAGAAAGAAUCUAGUAAAAUGAAGUAAAACAGUACCUUCACCAAGAGAGAGUACAAUCAUUUCACGCCUAAAUUCCCCCAUACGUGAUCUUUUUAUUGUAAAAAACUGUAUUAGGCGUCACAACCAAGCUGUUUUAAUGCCUUAAUGAAAAGAUCAUUUUUACCAAUGAGUUUUUUAGGUUUGUGUAAAAUAUAUGAUGAUUGUUUUUGCAGCUGGUUACAAACAGUACGUAGCUUUGCUGUAAAUUGAGAUGAUGAGUCAUUAAAAAGGAUAAAAGAGGUUUUCGCCAUUAAAAUUAAGACAUUAACGGCUCACUUGCGUGUUAAUACAUUAAUUACCUAACGCAUUAAGAGCUUUUUGCUUUUGUUCUUUAUUUACUUUUCCCCUCACAACGUCACAGUCGCAUCCUCUGAUGAAAUGUCAGGUCCAGUAACCGUUACAAGCAGCCUUUACUAACGAAUAGCUCCUCACUAGUAGUGCUCAUCAGAUCAUUGCAGUGAUGUAAAUCUGUAGCCUUUUGUAAAUGGUUUGUGGAUGUACUUUGUGCUCGCACCCAGUCACUGAUUAAACUCAAAUUGGAGUCAGUACUCUGUCAUUAGAGCGACCACACAGACCAAAUCCCUCACCAACGUAAGGCAUGAAAAUUGGAUAAUGCCCAGAAAUCUCUGUUUGUUUUUGGGUGCUGCUGAACAAUAAAGUGAUCCUAGUUUUUCAGUGUUCUCCAUCCUCUGCUGUUGUUCUAGUAACAUUUAGACCAGUGUCUCUUUGAAAUCGCUGGGUGUUUUGUACGUCUUGAACUCGUUCCUGUGUGUUUUUUACCUGUACCUCUGUACCUGUGAAGCUGUGACGAUGGUUUCUCUGUCUGUGAGUGACAGUGGCUUAGAGACUAGGAGCUGUUUGGUCCAUCAAUAAUUUCUGUCAGUGAUCAGCAGUCUUUUCUCUCCACCAUCCUCAGAGGCGCGUCACUCUGAUGAUGGCAGUUCUUCACCAGGCUUCGCUAAGCUUAGCUGCUCACAUCACCUUAAAGCUCUCCACAGCUUGUAAAUUUGCCAUCUGUCUUCAUGGGAACAGUAUUUGCUCAUGAAAGCAUUCUGCCUGACGAGGUUCUGCUGGGAGCAGAGCUUCCCAAGCUCGUGGAUGUGUGAAGACGAUUUUUGCACAUGCCAUUGUUUCUUCAGCUUAUUUGCCUUUUGCCUAUAACAAUAAUUAUAAUAAACGAUGAGGCUUGUACAUAUCAGAUACUUGUUACAUUGUACUUAGUUCUUUUUGUCUCAGUUUUGUUUGUUUAUGUUCAUUCAACAUGUUUUGUAUUACUGCUUUUUCAUGAUUCAUUUGUCAGUCAAACAGAUGUAUAAUGAAAAGUGAAAGUGUUUAUUGUUUCAUUCAUUUUUUUAAUAAAAUCCUCCUGAUUUGUUUUCUCUG